AUGCACCCCUAUCAUACAAAAUGCGAUGGGCAGACGAUGGGCCAGAAAACAUGCGACACUCCAGAAGGAUAUUUAUUGGGUUAUACAUGCGGCUGGUCCCGUUGUGACUGCAACGCCGAAUUAGUUUUUGAUGAAAAAUCCGGAUAUUGCGUGACCCGGGCUUACUGCGAACAAAAUAGUUUUCCAGAUAAAGUGCGCAGACGACACGGCGACACCGACCAGGAGAGACGUCGUAAGAAGAAACCGUCUUCAAGGAUCAGGAUCCCCGAAGAAAAUGAACCCUUUGUAGAGUGA